AUGCGAAGCGGUUUCCUCCAAACUGAAGAGCCAGGAGAAGUUCUCUCGCUUUGGGAGUAUACUCCGGAAUAUACAGCGUGCUUGUUGGUUGUAACUCUAUUAUCUCAAGCUCUGGACCACUGUGUUGCAAAUCUCGCGUAG